AUGGCGUCGGAGUUGAGACAAUUGGAGGAGCAGAGGUUGCAAGAGCAACAAGAAACGUCGUCAACCCUGCUUCGGUUGAUUAAACGCAUGAAGAACAUGGAGGAGAAGUUUCGGUCGACCCGAAAUUCUGCCCAGGUCCGAUGUCAAAAGUUGGAGGAUCGGGAGAGGCGAAUCGGAGAUGAGACGAGCAAACUGGACGUGUUGAAGGCCGAGACGGAGAACAAAGCUGUGGAGCUUCGAAGCCUUGAGAAGCUGAUCCAGGAGAGACAAGAAGAAGCUGUAAAAGGUGAGAGUCACUCAGACUCGCUCAAGUUGUUAAUCCAAGAACAUGAAGAAGAACUGGAGUUUAAAGAGAAGCGGUUCUCGGAUCUUGAGAGAAUGAUUGGUGUGAAGGAGGGAGAGUGUGAGUCGGUUCAGAAGAGAAUGAAGGAGAGCUUGGAGAAACUGAAUAGGGUUGAGAAGGAAAUAGAAGAGAAGAUUCAAUUGAAACAAAAGUUAAGCAGGGCAAUGGAGGUGAAAGGGAAAGUGUUGUGUUUGCAUAAGACAUCAAUGAAGGAGUGGUCGAGAAAGCUUGAAGUAAAAGGGAGGGAACUUGAAGAAUUGUCUGAGAAGAUUGAGUUGAAAGAAAAACAAUUUGAACCGAAAGUGGAGGAGAUUCGUUUGAUUGAAAAAAGGGUAAAUGAAUGCCUGAAUGAGAUUGAAUUGAAAGAAAGGCAUCUUCAGUCACUCGAAAAAUCAAUUCAAGAGGGUGAAAAUUCGUUAGAAGAACGCGAAAAGCACUUAGAUUCAAUCUCUCAUGGACUUGAAAUGAGAGAGAAGGAACUUGAUCUAAAGACCAAAGAACUUGAACCGAAGCAAUAUGAACCGGCACCAGCAAGUAAUGUCAUUUCUUCCCUUAUCGAAGUUGAGGAACCAGAAUCUUUACUAGCCAAAAAAGUAGCAGUUUCAUCUUCUUCAAAUCCUCAAUUAAGUGACUCCUUAAAGGCAAGGAAUUUGCAUGGACAAGUGACUGGGAAUGAUUUGCUUGAGAACCAAUUUUUUGAUAAUCUGCAAAGUUCAUUAGACCCUGCAAAACUUGUGUUGGAUUGGAUGCAAACUUAUCUCUCACAAUAUUGGACAAAAGGUGAUGUUGGUUUUGAAGUAACUUCGAUCAAAACCUACAUUUCCCUAUUAGAGCAGCUACUGAGACUCUCACCACAUGCCGGAGCUCGGGUGAAAGGGGAUGCAAUGAAGUUGGCAGUCCAAUGGAAAGCAAAUAUGAGAGCUGAUACAGAGAAUUCCUUGGAAAUUUUGGGAUUUUUGCACUUCCUAGCUACAUUUGGGUUGCUUUAUACUCUAAAUGUAGAUGAAAUUGUAAAGCUUCUUGGGAUGAUUUCUCAGCAUAAAGAGGCCCUAGAAUUAUGUCAGACACUUGAUUUUGCAGAUGAAAUCCCUGAGUUUAUCGGGACUCUUGUUGAAAGGAAGCAGCUGAUGGAAGCCGUUGGACUGAUUUGUACCUUCAAGUUAAGUGACAAGUUUCCUCCCGGACCACUCCUAAAAGAAUACAUGGAGGAACAAAUAAAGUGUUGCAGAAAUGCUUACAAGAGAACCAAGUUACAUAACGAAAAGGUUAGGAUUGUGGACGACCAGAUAACUCGUCUAAGAGCUGCGAUUAACAUGAACAAAAACCACAAUCUGGAGUCGACGGAGUGUGCAUCAACAAUCAUUGAAAUUCAAAUAACUCGACUGCAGCAAGUAAAGGAGAACUGGAGACUACAGGCGGCGAAUUUGGCAACUGUGCCAAAAAGAGGAACCAAACGUAGUAGCAGCACUCUUCCUACUGCGUUUGAACCCCGACAGCAGCUCAAUAAAGUUCAUCGGAAAGCUGUAGCUGUUCCUCAGCCUUCUGCAUUGCAAAUUUACACCCCGAUCUCUCUGCAGUCAGAUCUUUCAUCUGUGCUGUUACAUAAGGGGCAGUCUGGCGGCGCUCAGAACACUGGUAUAUACUACCCUCACUCUGGUACAUAGUUGUCGUCCCAAGUGGAACCACCCCAACCACUGUGGUAGGUAGCCGGCUAACUUUCUUUUCUGGAUUAUAUAUCCACCUAGCAAAAGAUCAGCAGUGGAGUGAAUUCAUGUAAAUAGAUGGCACUACUUAAAAUGUAUCCAGGAACUUUAAUAUAAACACUGUUGAUAGUGAUCA